CCCCCAUCCCCUGCGCUGCCCGUUCGUUCAGGACAUCUUCUUGGACAACGCACGCCAUGCCUUCUCACCAGCCUGCUGCCGGCGAAGCGGCCAUCAAGCCUGAGUUCAUGAACCAGGCCUCCGCCAUGGCCAAGUCUUCCGAGCCCAACCGCAACUCCAAGUACGAUCCGACCAAGAAGCACAUCACCGAGUACCCCAUGACCCGCCAGAACUGGUUCAAGCACGUCAACUGGCUCAACGUCUUCUUCAUCGGCGGCAUUCCUCUGAUGGGCCUUAUCGCCGCUCUCUGGACUCCUCUUACCCUCAAGACGCUCCUCUGGUCCGUCCUGUACUACUACUGGACUGGUCUUGGCAUUACUGCCGGCUACCACCGUCUCUGGGCCCACACCUCUUACAAGGCUUCCCUGCCUCUGAAGAUCUUCCUUGCCGCUGUUGGUGGUGGAGCCGUCGAAGGCUCCAUCAGGUGGUGGUCCCGCGACCACCGCGCUCACCACCGGUACACUGACACCGACAAAGACCCCUACUCCGUUCGCAAGGGUCUCAUGUACUCCCACCUUGGCUGGAUGAUCAUGAAGCAGAACCCUAAGCGCAUUGGCCGUACUGAUAUCUCCGACCUCAACGAUGACCCUGUCGUUGUCUGGCAGCACAAGAACUACAUCAAGGUCGUCCUCUUCAUGGGUCUUGUCUUCCCCACCAUGGUUGCCGGUCUCGGCUGGGGCGACUGGAUGGGCGGUUUCAUCUACGCCGGUAUCCUCCGCAUCUUCUUUGUCCAGCAGGCCACCUUCUGUGUCAACUCCCUCGCCCACUGGCUUGGUGACCAGCCCUUCGACGACCGCAACUCUCCCCGUGACCACGUCAUCACCGCCCUGGUCACCCUGGGUGAGGGUUACCACAACUUCCACCACGAGUUCCCCAGCGACUACCGCAAUGCCAUCGAGUGGCACCAGUACGACCCUACCAAGUGGUCCAUCUGGAUGUGGAAGCAGCUUGGCCUUGCCUACGACCUGAAGCAGUUCCGUGCCAACGAAAUCGAGAAGGGCCGUCUCCAGCAGCAGCAGAAGAAGCUCGACCAGAAGCGUGCUCAGCUCGACUGGGGUGUUCCCCUCGAGCAGCUCCCCGUCAUGGAGUGGGACGACUACGUCGAGCAGUGCAAGAACGGCCGUGGCCUUGUUGCUAUUGCUGGUGUGGUCCACGAUGUCACCGACUUCAUCCAGGACCACCCCGGUGGUAAGGCUAUGAUCAAGGCCGGUCUCGGCAAGGACGCCACUGCCAUGUUUAACGGCGGUGUCUACGACCAUUCCAACGCCGCUCACAACCUGCUUUCCACCAUGCGUGUUGGCGUCAUCCGCGGCGGCUGCGAGGUUGAGAUCUGGAAACGCGCCAACCGCGAGAACAAGGAUGUCCAGUACGUCAAGGACGAGAACGGCAACAGGGUUGUCCGCGCCGGUGCCCAGGUCACGAAGGUGCAGCAGCCCAUUGUCAGCGCUGGCGCGGCAUAAACACUUCCAUUAAACAACAAAAGGGCCCGAUGACGGGUAGAGCAUCUUGCGUUUCAGCGGUCUCAGGUUUUGCUUUUUCUAUCUUUAUUCGAAGACUGGCGUUUCAAAAAGGACAUGGAGCUCGAUGGGUCGAGAAAACGGGA